AGACGCUUCUUGCACCGCAGGACGUUUUGCUCACCUUCCCCCGGAGCAGCUUGCCAGGCUUGAGGAGGAGGUCAAGGCAGCAGCUUCAGAUGCCGAUAAAGCAAGUGAGCUCGAAGAAUUUCUAAGGGCUGUCCGUGAAGAAGAAGCAAAAUCAAAAGAGGACGGGGAAGUUUUACAGGGAAGAGAUCACCUUGGUGGGCAUGAGCAAGGAGCCGAGGGGGUUGAUGUCCGAGGCUUAGAAGAAGGCAAGCUAUUUGAACCCAGGCAAGAACCCUUUGUACCACCACCAAUUGAGGAAGUGAUUCCUCCUCCACCAGAAUUUCCUGCAGAUCCUUGGCAAGCUUUCCUAGACUACAUGGCGGCCACGGAAGGACAGGAGUCCCAGGUGAAGAUGGGCCUGGAGGGCCAUGUCAUCGAGAGGGGCAUGCACAAGGGCAAGGGUGUCGCCGUCUUCACUAGUGGAGGCGACUCCCAGGGCAUGAACGCUGCUGUCCGUGCUGUAGUUCGCAUGGGCCUGUAUGUUGGUGCUCGGGUAUUCUUCAUCAAGGAGGGUUACCAGGGCAUGGUAGAUGGUGGUGAUCACAUUGUAGAAGCAACUUGGUCCAGCGUCUCGGGCAUCAUCCAUAAGGGUGGCACAGUCAUCGGCUCAGCCCGUUGCAAAGACUUCCGCGACCGCGAAGGGCGCAUGAAGGCUGCCAAGAACCUGAUCAAGCGAGGUAUCACAAACCUGGUGGUAAUUGGUGGUGAUGGCUCACUCACUGGUGCCAACCUCUUCAAGCAGGAUUGGGCAGCACUUCUCCAGCUGCUGCUUAAGAAGGGUGAGAUCACAGAGGAGGAGAAGGCCAAGCACACCCAUCUGAACAUCGUGGGUAUGGUGGGUUCCAUCGACAAUGACUUCUGCGGCACAGACAUGACCAUCGGCACUGACUCGGCUCUCCAUAGGAUCAUUGAGGCCGUGGAUGCCAUUGCCUCAACUGCCUACUCCCACCAGCGCUGUUUCAUCCUGGAAGUCAUGGGCAGGCACUGUGGGUAUUUGGCCCUUGUUGCUGCUCUGACCUCCGAGGCUGAUUACGUUUUCAUUCCUGAAAAUCCUCCUCCAGAAAACUGGCAGGAGAAGAUCUGUAGCAAGCUGCAGCAGGAACGGUCAAUGGGUCAGCGCUUGAACAUCAUUUUGGUCGCAGAAGGAGCUAUUGAUCAGCAGGGCGAGCCCAUUACAGCAGAAGGAGUGAAGAAGGUUAUUGUUGACCAGCUUGGUUUUGACACUCGCAUCACCGUGUUGGGUCAUGUCCAGCGCGGUGGUUCACCUUCUGCCUUUGAUCGUCUUUUGGGUUGUCGUAUGGGUGCUGAAGCUGUUCUGGCCCUCAUGGAAGCCACCUCAGACACAGAACCUUGUGUCAUCUCCCUGGACGGCAACCAGGCUGUUCGUGUUCCUCUGAUGGCUUGUGUGCUGAAGACCCAGGCUGUUGCUCGAGCUAUGCAGGACCGCAACUGGGAACAGGCUGUGCAAAUGCGUGGCAGGAGCUUCGCCAGGAACCUCGAGACCUACAAGAUGCUGACGAGGCUGAGGCCCCCCAAGCCUCUGGAGGGAAAGGCGGGACUUGUACGGCAAAACACUAUAUGGGACAGAGAUGAACUCUUGGGAGGCUUCAACUUGGGCAUCAUGCACAUUGGUGCCCCCGCCUGUGGCAUGAACGCAGCUGUGAGGUCCUUCGUGCGUAACAGCAUCUACCGCGGAGACACCGUUUAUGGUAUUCAUGAUGGUAUUGACGGCCUCGUCGAGGGUAAUAUCCAGGAAAUGACAUGGUCUGAAGUGACUGGCUGGGUUGGCCAGGGAGGUGCUUUCUUGGGUACUAAGCGCACGUUGCCUGAUAAGUACCUUGACCAGAUUGCUGCACGCUUCAGGGAGUAUAAGAUGCACUCCAUCCUGAUUGUGGGUGGCUUCGAGGCCUACCAUGCACUGCUCCAGAUGUACGAGGCCCGUGGAAAGUACCCCGAGUUCUGCAUCCCAAUGGUUGUCAUCCCGGCCACCAUCAGCAACAACGUCCCUGGCAGUGACUUCAGCUUGGGAUGCGAUACCUCCCUCAAUGAGAUUGUCGAGAUUUGUGACCGUAUCAGGCAGUCAGCUCAAGGUACCAAACGUCGUGUGUUUGUCGUUGAAACCAUGGGUGGAUAUUGUGGCUAUUUGGCAACACUUGCAGGUUUGGCUGGUGGAGCAGAUGCUGCUUACAUCUAUGAAGAAUCAUUUGGCAUUCAGGAAUUGCAACUGGACGUUUAUCACAUGGCAGCCAAAAUGGCUGAGGGAGUCCAGCGUGGCCUGGUUCUCCGCAAUGAAAAUGCCAAUGAGAAUUAUACCACAGACUUUAUUUUCCGUCUGUAUUCUGAGGAAGGAAAGGGUAUCUUCAGCUGUAGGAAAAAUGUGCUGGGUCACAUGCAACAGGGUGGCUCUCCAUCUGUGUUUGAUCGUAAUAUGGGCACCAAGAUGGCUGCCAAGGCUGUUAAUUGGAUGACUGAGGUGAUGCUUAAGUAUCGUCGUCAAGAUGGAUCUGUUUUCUGUGACGAGGCUUCGACAGCAGUAUUACUCGGUCUGCAGAAGAGAGUAUAUCAGUUCCAGCCCGUGGCAGAGCUCAAACGCCAGACAGACUGGGACCGUCGCAUUCCCACAAACGAAUGGUGGCUGAAGCUGCGUCCUCUCCUCCGAAUUUUGGCCAAGCAUGAUGCUGCCUACCACGAGGAGGGCAUCAAUGUGAAGGAAGUUGAAGAAGCACUUGACUAAGGUGUCGCGAAUAACCUCAGUGUACAGAUACCUAUGGUUACAUCUUCGAGUAUUUAUUAAUUUUCUGGUGAAUUCUGAUGCUGAUGGAGAUGAUGUGAAGUUAUUAUUAUUGUUUUGUUUAAAGAUAAAAAUUUUAUAUUUAUUAUUUAUGCAAUCAGUGAUAGCGGGAGAAAUUAUGUAUAAA